CUGACGUCCUACCUCUCACGUACUCCAGUACCGUCUACGGUACUCCUGUACUGCCGCAGAUACUACGCCAGUACUUGCUUGCCCGCAGUGGGCUUCAUACGCAAAUCAUAACCUCCACUUCCUAAAUUGAGGAGUGGCCAACUACACACACUACUCAGUAUCGUUCGCUCUCUCUCGCUCGGCCGGCCGGGAGGACCCUCGCACGCGUCUUCUUCUAGGUCCUCUUUUCCAUGGCCACCUCCCCUGAUCAUAGUUACGUCGUUGUCGAGCUGACCCGUGCUUCUGUUUGGCCAACCCUAUGACCGGUGUACUUGCAAAUAUAACCGCCAGUCUCCCAAGCAUGGAACCUGGCGCGCACCCGAGCAAGCGACCUCGUCUGACGACUACGCCCUCAUGGUCGAGUAAACUCCACGGCCAAGGCGUAUCUCUUCCGCAGCCAAACCCUCCACACCACCCACCCGCCACAGGAGGUCCUCAUCAUCCACCACCGCCGGCUCAAUACCAACCGCCGCCGCCGCCGUCGUUCUCUCGUCCGGCAGAACCUACUCUUCCACCCGCUCAUGCUCACCACCCACCUCACGACGAGCGCCGUCACCACCACCAUGAACACGAGCUUUAUCCUCCGAUCCAGGACACGCCUCGACAGCUUCCUCCCUCUCCAGCGCACCCACCUUAUCCCUCAUAUCCUCAGCGCGACCCUAUAGUGAAGCGCGACAUCGAGGAGCAGGCUCUUCCCCAGCUGCGCCGUCCUAGUUCGACUGGUCACCCCGUCGACGGACUCCCUCCUGCACCACAUGGUCCUCCCCACCCGAAUCAACAUCCUCCAGAGGACCCUCGCCGCCACAUGAGCUUCGACAACGGAGGCUCGAUGCCGCACUCGCCGGCGCUCUAUCGGCCGCCAGGGUUGCCUCAAAACUUCCAUGCUCCUCCACCGGCCCAGCAACCGCCGCACUAUGAUGGCCCUCAUUAUGGGCCCCCACCGCAGAUGUAUGCCGCCGUAGAAAUUCAAAAUGCCGGCACUAAGCGGAAACCGCAGCGGGCGUCGCAAGCCUGCGAUAAUUGUAGGCAGCUAAAAGCUAAAUGCGACGAGACGAAACCAUGCAAAAACUGUCGUGAAAAGAAUGUCGAAUGUAAAUACAGGGAUCCUCCCGCAAAACAACCAGAUAAAGCAACAACAGAUAUACUAGAGAUACUCAGUUUCCUUAAGGAAGAGAUGUCUUCAAUGAGCGCCAAAUUUGACAAGUUUGAUAAGAUGGAGGCUCGGAUGUCAAUGCUGGAAAACAUGGUGCAUGGAAACCCGGGAGCCGCCAGAAUGAAAGUAGAGUCUAUUGAAGAGGACGACCAACACAUCCUUCAUCAUACCCCACCGUUAGAUGAUAAUAAGGAUAUAGUCGAAGAAGAGACAACCGAGACAUCAACACCAGGGCUGACCAGUGUUAUGGAACCGCCACUGAGUCUAAAUGAGGCGCACGAGACGCUGCGGCAAGGAGACCACGACGAUAUUGAAGCCGAGCCUGGGCCGAUGGUGCUCCCGGGCCGACCCGCUAUGCCUCCGAACCAUACCACACUCGCCAGUUUGCUAUUAAAAUGGCCCUCCAUCAAUAAGAUGCUCAAUCGCAUAUUACAAGACCAGCAAAUUCGUUAUGUAGAGGAAUACCCAAUUCGGGAAGAACAACAGAGAGGUGUACUUCGGAUAUUUGGUAGAGGUGAAGGGAAUGAGUCCGACAAUCGGACCUCAGAUAAAGGCACACCACAAGACUUCAGCACGACCGAUGGAGAAGACGCUUCUGAUGUAAUAGCCCCUACACCUGGCCCAGAGCUAUGGGGUCAAGUUGGGAGCCCAGCACCGGGCUGGCCUGGCGAUUACAAGGGAGGUGUGCUGAAUCCUGACUCGAACCCUGAUUGGGACCAAACCAAAAUCUUGAAGUACGUAAAGAGUUUCAAGGAGAAUAUUCUCAACAUGCACCCAAUUAUUAUCCCCAAGGAGCUGGACGCCAUGGUCAGGGUGUUUCUCGACCAGUUGCCCAAGUCCUCAAAUACCGCUAGCGGCAAUAAGUCAGGCAACCAUUCGGCGGGCUUUAUAAUUCCGUCCAUGAAUUCGUCUGCGGCCAUGCCUGAGGUCGGAAAUAAGCGCAAGCGAUCCCCAGCCGGUGAUGAGCAGGGCCUGUUCACGAACUUUAGGAAACCAGGUCGCCCAUACAGGAAUGUGCAAAGUGCCCUUGUUCUCCUAGUCUUCGCUCUGGGAAAAAUAUGUCUUCACAAAGGCAAGAUUCCCGAUGUUGUCCACGAACCUGACGGCUUCUCGAGUAAUUCGCCUUUAGUGCGCAACGGAGUCCUAGCGUCGCCUAGUCAAGGCUCACCUGGUAUAUUGCCCCCUUCGCAGUCUUCUGGCAUACCCUCGCCUAAGGAGAACGAUCGGGGUAUCAUGAUGAGCCGCAGAUCGUCUUUACAAGGUAACAAUAUGCCCUUCAGCAGAGCAUCAGCAUCGCACAAGCGCAACCUCGACGUGAUUCCAGGGCUCGAAUACUAUGCGCUUGCAUCUGAUAUUAUGGGUGCGGGCUACGGUGGCUUUUGCCUGAAGCAAGUUUAUGUACAUAUUUUGGCUGGAUUGUAUCAGGGGCAACUGGGCCGUGUGUUGGAGAGCUGGGAACACAUUUCUACUGCCAGCCGGAAACUCCAAGUCGUACUACGACCGAGCCUCGGUCGCCUUUCAAAUCUAAACAAGUGCAACCCGCAUUCUCGAAGAGACAACCAACUGUCCUUCGCUUUCUGGACAUGCCUGCAGCUGGAGAGCGACAUAUUGGCAGAAUUACCACUUCCACAAUCGGGCAUAUUAGCCUAUGAAUCCCAAAUGCCUUACCCAAACACGGAAUUUGCCCUUGAACACGGGUUUCCUCAGUACGUAACGGAAGGGUACUUGGCGCAAUUGUAUCUGCGGAAGCAGCUGAACAGGGUGCACAAUCUAUUAUACGACCCGGCAAAGGACAAGCCCAGCAGCAACCAUUACCAGGCAAUGGAGCACCAGAUCAAUGAGAUCCAGGCCGUCCUCAAAAGCGCCAGGAAUAUGUGGGUGCCUCCGGUAUACCAAUGGAACGACAAUGACCCUCUCCCGGACGACAUCCUUGCGGCAAGGCUUCGCGCCAAGUACUGGGGUUCACAAGUAAUUCUUUACAGACCGUUUUUGCGAAUGAUCUUGGACGGUGAGGCGGAGACCCCCCCCGCUUAUCAGAAUGACCACGGUUCGCCUGAUGCCAUGACCCCCUCCGGCAAUAACGCAAAACCCAGGCACGACCCUAGGACAAUCGAGUACGCGGGCUUGGCAAUUCACGCCCUCAUCGAGAGUACGCGCGCGUUUCACGGCAUACAUAGGGAGAAGCGCAUCAUCAUCACCAAUGUCUUCGGGACAGCGCAUGCUCAAUGGGGAAAUCUGUUGACGCUAGCGGCGUGCUACAGAGAUGAUGCGCUCCGCUCUUUCAUUGAAUCGGAGGUCUUGAGCGGGCUCUUUGCGCGCACCAUCGCGUUCUUCAAGGAGAUUGCUCAACCAUCCAGUGCUCUCCAAAAGGAUCUGAACAUACUAAUCAGUCUAGCAGUGGAGCUGGGUUUCUCGCACGACGAGAUGGAUAUAAGAGCGGACUCUAGCUUUUCGAGUGCGACCAGUAACGCUGUGCUACCGCCCAUCUACUCGAACAGCUACUAUCGUGGGCCCUCUUCGCCUUCCAUUAUGAGGUCACACUGAUUGGAAUUCGACGAUAUCUUGCAAUUGUAUGUGGAAACUCUACUUGAGCAUUGGUGGGAAAGAUCGGUUAGCUCUGGGCUUAAUCUUGCCGGAUGCUCUUUCGCCAAUGAGGCACUACUACCAACAAGGAGACGAAACAACACAAAACUGUUUUUCUGCAGUAUAUUCAUCAAUGCGGAUGAUACCCCUUGUGCGAAGCAUUACUCUUUAGCGACUAUUUGCGUACAUAAUAAACUGAACUUUUUUCAGUCUCGACUGGAGCAGAACAAGCCCCACCAAAUAUCUACGAUGUCUGUAUAAACAUCCAAAAACAACCAAAGCAAGUGAACAAACAACAAGACGAACAUGGACGACAGCUUUGUCAGCCCCCACGUUCACAAUUUAGCAUAACCGG